GGCUCGUGGUGGUUCGUCUACAACACCUCUAAUAACGAUCGCGCACCACUCGCGAAUCAGUCAGUCGUGAAGAUCAUCUCGAACCGAUCGGUCAGGGCUUAUUGCUAGCUACCUCGUUCCGGGCGUGUGCUGCUGUGUGUUCAGUGUCCAGAAAAGAUUGUUGGCGAGUACAAUCACUUGCUAGAAAAGUGUGAUCAAUAAAAAAAUCUAUAUACAGACACGAUAGAUCGAACCAGGAUGAAUCUGAAGACAUCCGUUUGUUGUGCCGGCAUUUUGGUCGCGUUGAUCGCGUCGUUGGUGAAUGCUGAUGUGUCGCACCUCGUCCAGGAGAAUCCGGUGACCGAGGUGUGCCUGCGGUGCAUCUGCGACGCGUCCAGUGGCUGUGACCCGACGGUGCGUUGUAGCGGCGAAUCAUGUGGAAUGUUCCGGAUCACGUGGGCGUACUGGGCCGACGCGGGCAAACCAGUUCUGCCGGGUGAUGCUCCCGAAGCCCAGGGUGCUUACGCCAACUGCGCCAACGAUCCCCAAUGUGCGGCCUCAACCGUGCAGGGUUACAUGAGGAAGUUCGGACAGGAUUGUAACGGAGACGGAAUUAUCGAUUGUUUGGAUCACGCCGCCAUCCACAAGCUGGGCGGUUACGGAUGCAAAAAUGCCGUCCCGUUGGCCUACCAGGGCAAGAUCGACCAAUGCAUUCACCACGCGGCGGGAACCCAACUGUAAACGGGAAGACUUUUAAUGUUCAAUCGACGCCUACACUGUCGUCGAUCAGCCAUCACCAUAUAUGUAUAACGUUCUUAUCGGAAUUCUCCUCUGCGAUGCGAAGAAGGCGCACCACCUAACGGUAAAUAUUCGAAAGCGUGAUUAAUUUAUUUUAUUUAAAUAAAAACAUCUUAUCGGAGUUGUGAA